AUGAUUGAUCGGCUUCGUGCCGUCUCAAAGACAAACGCACUGUGGAAGACCUACGGGAUUGAAAAUCCUCCCGCUAUUUUCGUCGCUGCGUUGCUCUUCACUGGAACACCAGAAGAGAUGGUCCCGCGGAUUUGGCUUAAUGACGAAGUUUCUUGGCAAUGGCAUGACCUUUUGCGAAUUUUCUUUGAAAAGCCUAUGAGAUACGAUAUUCUUGAUUUACAAGCUCUUAAAACCAAAACACUCAUGAAACGGCUGCCUAUUAGCCCAGAAGCGGUUGCAACAGAAGCAAGCGGCCUCCUAGAUAUCAACAGCCCCUACUAUCAACUGAUCAGCUGGUACCACGAGACAUGGUCGCCGAAGAGGCAGUACGCAAGCGAACCAACUGCUGGUGUAUUAUUACUGUUAUGGCAGUUUCUGAGUUUGGCCACCUUUCCAUUCUCAGGAACAUCUAAUGUCGACCAGUCCCAGCGCCUGUUACUCUAUAUUCAAGCCUUACGAAUUUGGUUUUCUCCUGAAGUUGCCCGUCAACUUCAGAAUCUACUUACGCCUAACGAAUUCAAUGGUAUCCAUGCUCAUUUGGACUAUUCCUGGAAUAUUCUUCCACUGUGCAAACAAAUGCAGGCAUGUUGGCGACAAGCCAAGUUUACCUUGAUUUGGGCUGGGCAUGAACCUCAGGGUGAUGGGCUCCAUACUAUCAAGCUUCAGCUCCAGAUCUUUCCUGUUGCUAGCCCUCCUCUACAACAGGCAGCUGCUACAAACCAAGAUCCAAAGGGCAAGAUAUUUGAGCGCCCUCUUGACUUGGAGUCGGAGGAAGAUAUUAACUCCCUUUUUCCAUCUACAAUAAAGACGUUCAUUAACGGCCAAAUUGUUCGCUAUCCCAACGUCCUAGAAGAGGAAAUUGAAAAUUUGCGACUAAUGCUCGAUCUUGCGCAUCGCUGUAUCACUAUUUGGACAAUGGCAGGUGGCGUUGAUCCUGAUGAGUUGGUCGACCCUGGUGAAUCGCGUCCACGUACACCGAUUUUUACUACCGAGGACACAGACAGUGAUCUUGACAUUUACGAAGACUCUCUCGAGCUUGAUGGCCCUCAUUUUGAUGAAGAUAUCAACGUCCCACAAUAG